AUGACGCAGAUACCAGCGAAAAAAAGCACUGUGCAUCAAGGAACACCUUCAGUUAAGAAAAAGAACUCGCGACGUAGUUCACGAUCGCGAUCACGUGGUCGCCAUUCACGGCGUUCUACACCUCCUAGAAGUUUGGCAUCUCAAACCGUUAAAACUGAUUCAGCUGAAAAGAUAUUGCCGGCUCCUGUACGUCGUUCGGUUGUCAAUGCUGUCAAAGAAGAUUCGACUCCACUUGAAAACCACUCUUUGCAGGCACCAAUGAAAUCCUACGGAACAGUCUUCGGUAUGGAGAAACCCAUGAGGCUGUCAAGUUAUCUCAUUGAUCAUCCCUACAUUCUAACGUUCAUUCAUCUUUUGAUGUGUGUUCUCUAUGCUUUCAUCAUCUACAAGGUAGUGAACUUCUUUGGUGUUGAUCGAUUCGUGAUGAAACAUUGGGCGCAAUGGAGCAAGAAGAUUCGUUCUAACCUAUCUCCUUAA